AUGGGAGGUCUCUGGCCUUGGGUGCUGGGUCUGCUCUCUCUGCCAGGUUGGAUCCUAGGAGCAGCCCCAGCCUCCAGCUGCCCAGGAGCCUGUGGGAACAGCUUCUCAGGCCUUGCCUCUGAGGAAACCCAGACGUCUUCGGACAAGGACAUCCCUGCGAUUAACCAAGGACUCAUCCCAGAGGAAACCCCAGAGAGCAGCUUCCUCCUCGAGGGGGACAUCCUCCGGCCGAGUCCCUUCCGCCUGUUCUCAGCUACCAGCAACAAGUGGCCCAAAGAUGGGGACAUUGUGGAGGUCCCCUUCCUGCUCUCCAGCCAGUAUGAUGAUCCCAGCCGCGAGGUUAUCCUGCAGGCAUUUGCUGAGUUUGAACGCUUCACGUGCAUCAGGUUUGUCACCUACCAUGGCCAGAGAGACUUCAUCUCCAUCGUCCCCAUGCCCGGGUGCUUCUCCAGUGUGGGGCGCAGUGGAGGAAUGCAGGUGGUGUCCCUAGCACCUACCUGUCUCCAGAGGGGCCCGGGUAUUGUCCUGCAUGAGCUCAUGCACGUGCUGGGCUUCUGGCACGAGCAUGCACGGGCCGACCGGGACCGCUAUAUCCGUGUCAACUGGGAUGAGAUCCUUCCAGGCUUCGAAAUCAACUUCAUCAAAUCCCGGAGCAGCAACAUGUUGGUGCCCUAUGACUACUCCUCGGUGAUGCACUAUGGGAGGCUUGCCUUCAGCCGGCGCGGGCUGCCCACCAUCACGCCUCUCUGGGCCCCCAGUGUCCAUAUCGGCCAGCGAUGGAACCUGAGCAUCUCGGACAUCUCCCGCGUUGACCGGCUUUAUGACUGCAGCCCAAGUGGCCCCCGCCCCCGUGGGGGAGGGUUCCAGGCCCAAGGCCAGGGCAAGAGGCCCCCUCCCGCCUCUCCACCACUCCUGCAUCGGCUUCUGGAGGUGUUGUCUGCUGAAUCCAGGAGCCCUGACCCCAGGGCUGAGGAGAGCCCACAGGGGUGGGAGUCCCCUGCCCUGGAGAAGUUCCAUGUGGAGGCCUCUGCAAGGCAGCUUCAGACUGCAGCUUCCUCCCCAAGCUCAGGGUCUGGUGCAGGUGUUCCUGAUCAUGCCCUGGAGCAGUCCUCGCUGGCCCAAGAGCCCACUGUGGUCAUAAGCAUCUUCCAGAGGAGUGUGGACUGGGCUUUUGUCAACCUCCUGGGCAUCAUGGGACAUGAAGGCACACUCACGGGAGCUGGAGCCUCCACCUUCAGUCUCUCUUAG